GUAUUUGGAAGAAAAACGUCAUAAGUAUCUGUCAGUGUAUUCUGGAGUUCUGGAUUCUGACAAUCUAAUUUUUCAUGAUACUUGUAUGUGGUCUGUGACGUGUUGCAUAUGCAUGCAUAACUAGGUUUGAGGCUGUGUUGUAGAGUAUGUUUUGUGUAAAACGUAAGCAUACAUUUGAAGAUAAUAAAAUCUGAUAACAAAAACCAAUAUGAGUUCCAGAAGAAGAAGAAAUCCAAACUUGGUAUCAGUAUCAUCCCAUUCUCAGCAAGACCCUGAUUUUCUCAGUGAGCAUAAACACUGUGAAGUUUCUUUGGAAGAUGAAACUGAUGCUACUGCAUUGUGGAUAAAGCAGCUGAAGAAUGUCUGGGGAUUAUGGAAGAAAAGUGAAGGAGUGACACGGAUGUUACAUGAGUACUUUGCAUCAGCACCCAAUCCAUAUACAGCAACGCUUCAUAUAAUGUUCAGUUGUGAGGAUAUUCACCAGGGCAAACACAGUUCUCUUUUAUACACAGUAAUGGAGGAAUUUUCAAGAUGGACAGCAAAUAAGGAAACUGAGUUGAAGGACCUUUUAACAGUUGAUAUAAAACUUCAAGCAUUCAUCUCUGCCACUCAGCAGAAAAAUGUUUCAUUUUGCAAGAUGGUUUUCAGUAUUUAUCGGUUGAUUGAUGAUAAGGAACUGUUUAUAGAGCCAAUAAGGGAAUUGAUUUCUAGAAGACAGUACAAAGAAGCAUGCCAAAGUGCCACUCUGCUUGAACUCCAUCAACACUUUACUGUGGAAGAUUUCAUCAUUCAAUUAGUGUUUCAAGACAAGCUUUCAGUUGCUGAGGAGUUUCUACUUGGUAGCCCACAGCACCAGAGGCUUCUGGUCUCAUUUUUGGAUGAUCUGUUGGGUAGAAGGAAUAUUAAAUCUGAAGGAGAGUUUAUUAUUAAAAGGCUACAUAUACAUGAUGCUAAAGAAGACAAACUGCAUCAGAAACCCUUGAGCAAACUUGUUGCUAGAUUAACAAAGGCAUAUAAUUUACCACCAGAAACUUGCCCAAAUCUGAACCAGAAACGUAAUGAGGGAGCUCUCCAAUUCCUCAUCCAUAAGCGAUACAUAGAAAAUACAUUAGGUCGCGAGAGUUGGAGGGAAAUGGUACGUGAAGCAGUGGGAAACAAUAGAGACUUGCAGUUGGAACUUAUUGCAUGUGUUAAUAACUGUGGGGAUCCACAUGAAGCCUUAUACUGGGCAAACACAUAUGGAAUUCCAAAACAUAAACAACCAUACAAUGUUCAAAGGCUUCAAGAAGCAGAUUCAGAUAUUAGUCAGCAGCAGGGUGCAGUGGCUCUAGUCUAUAGUGAUAACCAGGGAGAGCAAGAAUCAUGGGAUGAUGACUCACCUCAAUACUGGUAUCAUGUUUUUCCACUGUCCCAGACUAGCAUUUUUGUUGUGGAUACAGAGGAAGGUUUUGAACUGUUUCUUGAAUAUAUUAAAGAUGUUCCUAUGGUGGGUAUUGAUUCAGAAUGGAAACCAUGCUUUGGUACUAGAAGAAAUGAGUUGGCUUUGAUACAGAUAGCUUCUAGAGAACAAGUUUAUAUUCUGGAUGUCUGUAACCUAGGUUCAAAAUGUGCAAACCUGUGGCAUGAACUGGGUCUUAUCCUAUUUGCCAAUGAAAAUAUCAUCAAAUUGGGGUUUGGUCUCAUCACGGACAUGGACAUGAUGAAAAGAUCUCUGCCACACUUGGGAGGGACAAGUCUCAGUGGUAAAGGGUAUAUAGAUCUUGUUGUACUGUGGAAGAAGUUGAUCCAGGACCAUCCUUUUGUCUUUCCUUAUACAGUUGAAGAUGGUGCUUCAGGGGAGAGCUUAACUCGUCUGGUGCACCUCUGCUUAGGAAGGCCUCUUGACAAAUCUGAUCAGUUUUCAAACUGGGAAAGGAGACCUUUACGAGACAGUCAGAAAUUGUAUGCAGCUUUGGAUGCAUAUUGUUUAUUGGAAGUGUACGACGUACUUUCACAGUGUGCACAUGAGCAGGACAUUCCUUUGUUUGAGAUCUGCAGUGAGGUUAUGGCUGACGUGAAGUCUCCUCGAAAAAUGGCAAAACAUUCCAGGAAGCCAGUAAAACAAAAGGACAUGACAGUACAAGAGGCAUCCUUACCUCCUACUGAACCAAUACCAGUAAGUCAGUUCAGAGCAGUUUGUGAUAAUAUGGUUCAGGGUUUGGGGAAGAUGUUGCGGAAGUGUGGAAUUGAUACAGAAAUCCUUGCAAAUGAAGAUGAUCAUGAUAUGUGUGUGAGAAUUUGUAACAAAGAGCAAAGAAUAAUCCUCACUCGUGGGAAUGUUUAUAAUCAGCUGUGCCAACACGUACCUCAAGGACACUGCUAUCAAGUGAAAUCGGAUAUAGUGGAGGAGCAACUCCAGGAAGUGCUCAAGUACUUCAAUGUUUUUAUAACCAGGCAAGAUGUCUUCAGCAGGUGCCAAAUUUGCAAUGGUGGGGAUUUUGUUGUGGUGACUCAAGAUGUAAUGCACCAAUUAGCUCAGGCGUCUCAACUAAUGGCCCAGUUUUAUGCUAGAAAUCAAGAAUUAAAGUUGGAUGAAGGGUUCUCAACUGAAAGUGGUGUCAUUAUAGAACAUUGUAAAACUAGGAAAGGAGUCACUAUUCAUGUGGAUGCUGUUCCUGCAGGGGUUUUAAAUCAAAUUCAGGAAUUCCAUAUCUGUGAAGACUGUGGAAAAUGUUAUUGGGAUGGCUCACAUUUUGAAAGGCUUGUAUGUGGUCGGCUUCAGAACAUUGUGAUCUCAUAAUUCAGGAACUUAAAAUAGUAUAACAUUGGAUAAAGUGUUCAGUUGAAUGCAUCACCAGUUUGAUAAAUUGACUUUCCUUUUAAAAGCUAAUUCUUUUAAUUUGGGCAGCUGAUGUGGGUUAGAAAAGGGACUGAUAGUCAGGAUUAAACUCCUGGUAAGUGUGAUGGAACUUUUUUUUUAUUUUUAUAUUUGCUUAAUUAUGAUAUACUUAAUAAUGCUGGCAGUAGCUCAGACUGUAUAGUGUUGAAUAAUAGGAUGAUUAAUGAUUUUGAAAGGAUAUGGAAACAAGUGGUCAUGGCCUAAUUUGAGGUGUUGUCUUGGUACAUUCCUGAAGAGACUGAGGAAAAUUGUGGGAAGGAGUCAGGAUGGCAGGUCUCUGGACCAAGAUUUUAACUCAGGACCUCCCAAAUAUGAAGCACGAGUGCUGACCACUGGAUGGAAACUUUGUUAUCACGUUGUGUGUGGGUCUUGGAAUCCUGCCUGCCAUAUAUCCAUUGGGUAUGGAAGCUCCAUCCACCUAGUAUUGAGGAAAAGAAUGUGCAGUGCAACACCUCCAUGUCUUCUUGGCAUGGUGCUUAGUCACAGGGAAAGUUCUACCUUUUCCUUUCAUUUAUUAAUUUGAAGGGUUUCUGACCAUUCACCCCUACACCUGGUGCCGAGGUCAAGAAUGGGUAGGAGCUGUACCUCUUCUCCUCCCAAAUGACCUAGAUGGUGUGUAGUGGGACUGCUUUACUUUUUUACUUCCCAUGUAGAGGGGAUUGCCAGUGUCUACCAAAGUGUGGACUUCAAGUAAUGUGGAUGAAUCCCCCCCUCCUAAGUUGGCCCUCCCUGCAAUGUAUUAUUUCCAAUGUUAUCUAGUUUUUUUGAAUAGCAAGAUCCAUCUCUGGACUGCUCCUACCUCAGAAACAGGUUUCUUCAUGUCACAACAGCAAUGAACAUCAUAGCCAAGUUGUUAGCACUAUUACUACAUAGGAGGUUCCAGGUUCAGUUCUCAGCCAAGAGAUUGAGUAUCCUGAUUGAGGUUUUUGUGGUGUAUAUCAGUUCUUUCAGGCAAAUGUUGAGACAGUACCUUAAAUAAUGCCAGUAUUGCUUCCUUCAUAUCUUUUUCCAAAUUUAUUAUUCACAAAUGAUCCUGGUAUUUGUUUCUAUAUAAUCUAAGCUAUUGACACCAAUAAAUAAACCAUGAAUAAAACUCACCAUUUUCAGCAGAGUCCAGAAUGAUAAAUGAAGCUUGUAACUGUAGUUAUCUGCAAUUAUUUUAGUUGUACUUUUACAUCUAAGUGUUAACAGUUUCUUACAAGUCCCGCGCCGUAGCCGCGUGGUUUGAGGCAUCAUGCUUUG